CGCUGCUUGAAAACAAAAGAAAAGUUCUUGUAAGUACAGUACUAGGGGAUACUACACGGUAGAGUUCAUAGUUACUCACGAUGAAGGAGGUGGAGGUUCUCGAGUGCCAGGUCCAGCAGUGGUAUCCUCGGUUUAAGUCGGUCUCCAUCGCCACCGAGAUUCACAGGCUUCCGGAGGCCUUCGUCUCGCACCUCCUGGACGGCGACUUCUUCGUCCCCUCGAGUGAUCUUCCAUCGAGGCUGGUUCCGGAGAUCCCAGAGCUACAGGCUGACGGAUACGAGAAGUGGGAUGAAGAGGACGAGGAAGACGGCGGAGAGCAGCAGCAGCAGCCUUCUUUCCCCGAGCUCGAGGCGGAAGUGGAGGCUUCGAUCCGGCGGCUUGGAGGAGCAGUGCUGCCGAAGCUCAACUGGAGUGCUCCCAAGGAUGCAACAUGGAUCAGCUCGUCCAAGAACCUCAAGUGUCAGAGUUUUGGAGAUGUUUCGCUGCUUCUCAAGGCCUCCGACUCGAUCGUCCACGACCUGUGCCACGCCUUUGACAACUGCGACGACAAGCCGGCUUCUUCCACCGGGCGUCCGGAGGAGCUUGUGCUGGCUCUGCGCAAGUGGUAUGAUCUGAGGCCGGAGAUGGAGUUUCGAGCGUUUGUCCGCCGGGGGGCUUUGCUGGGGGUCUGCCAGAGGGAAGUCACAGGUUUCUACUCCUCGCUCGUCAGCUCCAAGGACAGCUUGAGGACUGCGAUCUCGGGGUUCUUCGAGAACAGUUUGCUGGGAAAGUUCGAGCUGGAGAGCUAUACGUUUGAUGUCUACGUGACGAAGGAUCUGCGAGUUAGGUUGCUCGACUUCAAUCCGUGGGGAGGCUCCACGCUGCCUCUGUUAUUCUCGUGGGAAGAGCUCGAGGCCAUGGGUGACGGUCUAGAGAGCAAGACUUUGAGCAGCUUGGGCAGCCUCACGAUAGGAAGCGACGAGCUUCCGGCCAAGUCUACUCCAGUAGAGUUCAGGAUUAUCGAAAGAGAGGGGCUUGUGCAGCCCAAUCUCACUGCCACUAGCGGUGUUCCUCUCGACUACCUCGACACCGGGCCUGGAAGUGCAUGGGACGUGUUCUUUAGAAAAACCGAGGAUGAAUUGAAGAAUCAGGCAAGCGAGGAAUAGCUGAGAGCUCAAAAAAAAAAAAACUUUUCUCAUGUUUUAGUACCUUCCAAUCAAUUGCUUUGCUUCACAGUUUGAAAGCUCUGGCGAAGUUGGAUUUGACGAGACAUUCUUUGCAGCAUGUGAGCGUCAAGUCCAAACUUUUGGAUGAUAUUCUUCUGCAAUGAAAAGCCGUUAUUUUU